CAACCAAGUAAGCAACUAAACCAAACAAAACCAUCCAAAACCAAGACCACCACGACAAUGCCCCAAAUCUUAACCUGGGCCCUCUUCGGGAUCGCAGCCCGCUGGUGGCAGCUCGGCAUCGAAAUGCGCCCCUUCCUCGCCCGCGACACGGCGUGGGGAUACCCGGUCUUCGCCGCUGUCAGCGGAUCAUUCGGAUACUGGCUGAGCCAGGUUGAUAAACGGCAGACAGAGAUCCUGGCGCGGAGGCGGGAGAGCUUGCUGGAGAAGCGGAAGCGGGCUCGCGAGCGCGAUGACGCCGCCGCCGGUGGGAGUACUCCGACAGUAGCGGCGGGUGUUUGAAUUAGGGUAUAUACGCUAUGGGCGGCAGUAUUGCAUAUUUGUUUGGAUGGGAUGGAAUUGGAUGGGACAGAAUUGGGGGAGGGGGGUAAUUGUUGGUAUAUCAUGGACUGGAAACUACAGUUACCCCUCG